AGGUGAUUUUAUUUUAUCGUUUCGUUAUAGUAGUGUAGUGAUAUACGUGUUAUCAGGAUGUUCUCUUGACCGAGUCUUUAAUAUUGGUCACGACACAAAAACAGUGCCGACGGCAUUUAGUGUUCUGCUGUUAUUAUUACAGCCGUUUGUUUCCAGGGGACGGAUAUUAGAGACGGACUUGUAAACAUUCGGAGCGUGGUCCGUCACUCCGGUUGAAAAAACACGAGCGGCAUGCUGGGCGCUGUUAGUUUUAUUCUACGUGGACGUUUCGGUAACGAGUCCAGGAAAUGUGAUCUGAGCUGGGUGUAGCAAGGGAGCUGAAACUCAGAGACCUGCCUCGCCUGCACUGUCAUUCACCGGUUACAGAGGGGAUAUGAAAGUACUCUUUCUGGCCUGCCUCAGCCCCAAAACAGGGAACCAUACGACAGCAGAGAGAAUAAGGUCUCACAUUGAAUCAGCAGGACACAGCUGCGAGCUUAGAGAUGUGGCAGAUUUUCACUCUCCCGCUGACGUGGCACAUCUAGUAUCCCAAAAUCCUCCAUUUGAGGGUGCGCUGGCAAUUCAUCUUUUCAAAGCUGGCAGACUCCUCCUGGACCUUCGUUUACCCUUCGGGGUCAUUUUUGGCGGUACGGACAUAAAUGAAGAUGUGAAAGAUGAGCAGAAGCGUGUGGUUAUGAAGCAGGUGCUGCUGAAAGCCAGGUUUGCUGUUGCUUUCACUGAAAAACUAAAAGAAGAGGCAGAAUUUGUUUUGGUGUCACCCGACAGUAAAAUCUAUGUCCAGCCUCAGGGCAUCCAGACAGAAGAGGCUGAACAAUUUUGUUGGACUGAAUUCUUGAGGAGCUCAGGUGUGAGGACGGAGUGCUUAGAUGAACUGCGUGUCUUCCUGUUGGUCUGUGGUCUCAGAAGAGUCAAGGACCCUCUCUAUUUGGCAGACGUUUUUUCAGAGUGGCAUUCAGAGAACCUUCACAACAUCCUGAUCAUAAUCGGGCCAAAGGUUGACCCUGCACUCACCGCUGAAGUGGAAGCAGUUGUUCAACGGGCCGCUGGGGUCUUCCUGGCGCAGGAGAGGAGCCAGCAGGAGCUUCAUGCCGCCAUGAAAAGGUGCUUUGCCGUCGUCAACAGCUCUGUGUCAGAGGGCAUGUCGGCAGCCAUCUUGGAGGCAAUGGACCUCAGAGUUCCUGUUCUGGUGAGGAACAUACCAGGAAAUGCAGCUGUGGUGAAGCAUGGAGUCACUGGGCUGCUAUUCUCUUCUCCUCAGGAAUUUGUGCACCAGUCGCAGAGGCUGCUGUCAGAUCAGGAGCUGAGAGAGAGAGUGGUAAGGAGUGGAAAACUCUACGUGGAAGAACAUCACAGUGUGAAAGAGGAGAGGGAAACAUAUCAGAGGCUGAUGGACAAGCUGCACAAGGUCCAGUUUUUAACCUAACUGUAUACUUUCUCAGGAACUUUAGAUGCAGACAAGAGGAUGUACUGUAUGUAUAUUUGUUUACUUAUUUAAUAAAGUUAUUCUUAUCUUUAUUUAAAUAAAAUUAAAGUUUUAUCAACCCUCCCUCACUUUAAGCUAUAUAACACUGAACCAAAAGAAUGGAUGUGUUGGAGUGUCACAUAAUAUAUACGACGUCUAUGAAGCUGCUGUCAUGUAUGGAAAUAUAAUGUAAGUUCAGUGGCUGUGAAUCAAUUUUGCAUAAAGGGAACUAAUAAAAAAUUGCAAAUAAAACAAAGUGUUCACUGGGUGAUUAUGUGGAAUUAAUUGAUUCUUGAAUUCUGUCCCAUUCUGGUUAUGCUGGCUAACUUGUUUAUUUUGAAUGAAGUGCAGGAAAUGGAUUUUCAAGACCCCAGCAAAAUCUGAAUCGGUUUAAAAGGCAAAGGGGGAAAUUAGGUCCUUCCAACUUGCUGUAUAA